UUCGGGACACGUUCGUUGUAUCAGUGCACCGGCGCCAUCGAAACGACAACGACGUCUUGGAAACGCAAACCCCUGUUCAACAACGAUCACCGGUUUACCUAUUUAGUUAUUCGGUUUUCACAUAUUUAUAUCGUUCUCCUUGGCUAAUUCGUAUCGCAGUCGACGGUAAAUUCAAUUUCAAGUUUCUUCGCUCGAGUCCCGGAGUCGCAUCCGAGAAAUCGUGCACCCAACGACGGAGAACGAUCAGAAAUUUUAAUUUAAGAAAUUCACAUAAUUUCUAAAUUUUAUUAUUAUUUUUUUUUUUUUGCUCUACCGGUCCCGUUCGUUUCCUCAGCAAAAACUUCAAUAAUCGCGAACACCACAUCCCGUCGUAAUGAUGAUAUUCUCAAAAUGUCAGUAUGCGGCGUUCACGUUAAUACUACUACAGAUGCAGGCUUUGUGCGAAGAGUCGAUUACGACGGAAGGCGGCGUGGUGGGCAGUGGGGCAGGACCGACUGAAAUGUACCCGAACAGUGAUGACACUGCAGCUGGCGAAGAAGACGUUGGUCGGGAAAAUGUUUUUGUGCUCAACGACACCCGAGAGGCUCUGUCGCAUGACGGAAGCGAACACAAUUCUGUGUUGUUCGUCGGCGACAGUUACGUGCCAGUAACCACUCAGCUUCGGUCCAGGCCAAUAUCGCCAGCUGAUUCCACAGCGCUCGACUGGAGGUUACAGACCGUGGAAAGCUGGGACGGCCGGCGGCACGGCAACAACAAGACCAGAGUGCAACAUAUCGAGGCCGAAUGUCAGGACGACUACAUGAAAAUUCGUAUCGGUUUCAAUGGCUCGUUCGGCGGUCUGCUGUACUCGUCGGGCUAUUCGUACGACCCAGACUGUGUUUACAUUAACGGCACCGGCAGGGAUUACUACGAAUUUUACAUCCAACUCAACCGGUGCGGUACGUUGGGCAAGAACUCCAGACAAGAGGACGCCAGAAAGAACCCAGCGAAAAAUCUCAUGUGGAACACCGUGACCGUACAGUACAACCCGAUGAUCGAAGAAGAAUGGGACGAACACUUCAAGGUGACCUGCGAAUACGGUUAUGAUUUCUGGAAGACCGUCACGUUCCCAUUUUUGGACGUCGAAGUGGCUACGGGCAAUCCUGUGGUGUUCACGUUGUCACCACCAGAGUGUUAUAUGGAAAUCCGGUACGGUUAUGGUACGACAGGUAACCGGGUUGGAGGACCUGUGCGCGUCGGUGACCCGUUGACGUUGAUCAUCUACAUGAGGAGCAAAUACGACGGAUUUGAUAUCGUUGUCAACGACUGCUACGCACACAACGGAGCCCAGAAAAAAAUUCAACUCAUCGAUCAGUACGGUUGUCCCGUCGACGACAAGCUCAUCAGCCGUUUCCGGGGAUCGUGGAGCGAGAGUCAAGUAUUCGAAACUCAAGUGUUCGCCUACAUGAAAACUUUCCGGUUCACGGGUUCACCUGCCCUGUACAUCGAGUGUGACGUUCGAAUGUGCCACGGAAGAUGUCCGAGCCAACCGUGUCACUGGAGGAACGCCAAGAGCGUUGCUAAACGGUCGACGGACGUAGAAGUCGCCACCACCCCAGCGGCUUUAUCACAAAAUAUCAACUUGUUCCAAUCGCUCCGGGUACUCCAAGAAGGCGAAAACAGCGAAGACGCAGCCGCCCUUAGCAACAGAACUACCGGGUACUACACGGACAAUAGCCAGAACUCGGUGUGUGUGCGAUCCGGUCUGCUAGCCGGUCUUCUGGCACUAGCCUCCACCAUCUUGUGCUUCCUCAGCUUGGCGCUGACGGUCAUGUGCUAUCGGGCCAAGCGAAUGGUCAAAAGCGUGGACGAUCCCGCGGCUCACCACGUCAUUACCGGUGCACCCACCAGAUGCUUCUUGACGCAUAAGGGCCGAAUCAACUAAGCACACCACAACUUUUAUCAGGCAUUGCCUCUUUACACCAAGCCGAGGCAAAGUCAAAAAGCGUACCGGAUUGCAAUAUAAAUAUUUAUAAAAUGGGGGGCAUGAUCAAUUUCCGAAAUCGAUUAUUUUUUUGUUCAACCCUGCAUACUAGACAAAUAUUAGUUAAGUAAUAUUCCAUGUGUUUUAGUCUUCUAUUUUGUAUAAAAAACAACAUAAAUUUAAUUUAAAGAUAUUAUAAGUUUUAUGACCCUAGCUCGAGGAUAGUGCACAGACAGAAUGAUUAGCAUUCACACAUCAUGUAUGUACUAGCCAUCGUUAAACUGCAAUAAAUAUAAUAAUAAUUCAAUACGAAAUACACUAGAUAACCCGUCAGAUGAAAAUUAUGUAAAUAAUCGCAUCAAACGACUUUAGAGAAGUAGAAAAUAGUCAUCCCGUUGAAUAUCACUCGAUCUGCCUGUGCGCUAUUCUCUUGGUCCCUCCCACCUAGUCUUAUAAACUUCCGUCCUUCUGAAAAUAAUUGUUUAAAAGCACAAACUGUUGUAUGACCGCUUUAUACGUCUCAAAAUAUCGAACCGGACAUAGGUAAAUUUUUGGGCUUAGCCGAUUGUGUAACGUACGCGCAUAUACUAAUGAGACGGACGGCGUAGCAUAAUAAAAAAAAUAGGCCAUAAAAACUCUUAUGUGUAUCGAUUUUUGAUUAAUCUUAAGUAGUAGCGUAGGCGAACAAAAAUAAUAGAAACUAUAAUAUUUUGCUGCACUUCAGACGUUGCACACGUGCCGUUUCGGACAUCCGCGAUAAGAUAAUAUUAUAAAUUUGUUUUGGGUACUUGAUAAUGGUUUUUUUUUGUGUAAAAUUUGUUUAGAUUAAAAUAAUAUACUGUAGUAUUAUAUACAUCUCGAGUUCACGGUCGGCAUGUGUGUGUAACUUAUUUGAAAACUAUUCAUAACAAUAUGUUUGCAAUAAAUCGGUAUAAAGACAUUAAAGACGACCGGAAGUCGAAAACGUGCAAACCGUCAAUUCCCGAAUAAAAUAACGAAUUUCAAUAAUUAUUAAUUACCAUCUGUGGGUUUAUCGGUGUUCUGGUUGGAUAACAAACGUGUAUUAUAGUUUUGCCGCUUGGAGAUAGCUGUUAUACAUUAGAGAUGAAAUAUUACCUACCUCGUCCGGCCGUCGAUCAAUAGUUUAAUUUAUUCAAACGAUUUCCCGAACACGCGGUACUUUGCAAACGGUCGACUUAGACAUUUUGUGUUUUCACACGAUUUUCCGGCAAACAAAUACGUUUCUAUCUAUUGUACAUACUCAUGAUAAAUAACUCUUACUACAUCAUUGCGACAAUUAUAAACCCAAGAACUUUGUGUUGAUUCUGCCAAUCGUACACCGCGCGACCACUAUACUAUUAUUGCUUUUCUCCCCUCCCACAUUAUCUACAUUAUCAUUAUCAUUAUUAUCAUUAAUAUUAUGAUUAAUUAUUUUAAACUACUAAAUAAAUAUUUAUAUAUAUAUAUAUAUAUACUUUAUUAUAAUUAUAUUAUACAGGUGACACGUCCUGCAGUCAGGGUGUCACUGUUAGAACAACUUCUAUCUAACGAGCGGGUCGUACUUAAAACGUCUAAACACCGCGAGCAAACUCGACCGUUUGCAUUGGCCAGAAAUUGGAAAGAGACAGGCUUUGGCACUGAUCGGCUACAGCCAGGAUAUCCAGUCGACCGUCUUCGGUUCAGUCCGUCCAGAGACACGGUGGUGGCUGUUGUGAUCCUGGGCAAAAAUAGUAGCUCAUCGGCGCGUGCCCUACUCCCCAAAUUUCCGGCCCCGGUUGUGCUUUGCUGCGUACGAUUUGUUUUUUCAUUUUACGUUCAUUCGCUCUUUAUAUAGGAGUUGUGCUAACGCAACAAAACAAACGUUAAGCUCUGCACCGCGCAGGGUAUACAUUUUUCUUAUACCUACAUAGUAUACCUACAUAUUAUAUUAUACUUUAAGCUCUAGUGAAAAACAAUACUAACCUAUUACAACUGUCACUAGCGCGUUUGCCGUUCUGAUAACCAUAAUAUAAAUACGACAGGUUUUCGCAAAAUUAAUUUAUUUAUACAAAAACAAACAACACUAUUUCGUUUUAGCGUAAAAAUAUUAAUUAUUAUUAUUAUUACUGUAUACAU